CGUUUUUUGGUCCAUGAAUCAAAAGAAGAACCAAGUCAGGCAGAAGCAAAAUUGAUUGCAAAAUUGAAAACUGCAUUCCCAGAGGCUUCUUGUAUACAAGUUGCUGAUGUAUCAGGUGGAUGUGGAUCCAUGUAUGAAAUUUAUGUGGCAAGCAGUAAAUUUGAAGGCAUAAAAACUGUCAAUCAACACAAAAUGAUAAAUGAGGUUUUGAAAGAGGACAUUAAGAAGAUGCAUGGUAUACGAAUCAACACA